CCUACCUGCAUUUGGUAUGUGACAUUAAAAUUGAAAGCACCUGGCCCCAAUCCUAUGGUGGUGUUGGAUAGUUCAGGAAAAUACGAACCGGGCGAAGGAGGAUGGCUUAGUGUAGCCUUCAAACCAACAAUGGAGAUGACAUACGAAGGCUUACUUAUAUUCAGAUUUCACAUGAAUCCGACUAGAAUGACUAUACCAGUCUCAGGGCAGGGAAUCCUACCACAGGUUCAUAUCAUUGGGCCACAUGUUAACUUUUCCCCUACUCUACCUUGGGCGGAAACUACUGACGUCUACUUUGGAUUAACGAAUCCCUGCCCUUUUCCAAUAGAACUGAUUGUAGCUCAUAGCGAUGAAAAGUGGAAGGAAGAAGAUGAAAUAUAUCAACUACUUACUAAAUAUUAUAACAAACCGGAUGAAAUGCUCGUACCAGCUAUAAGACCUGGGACUGGUUUACCAUUCGAAAUAAUAAACUUCUAUAAGAAAUUUACAGAAAAAGUUACCAAGGCUCUCGAGGAGGAAUCUGCAGCAGCAAGAGCUCUCAGUACUCGGGCUAAUACAGCAGCAAAAAAAACAGCUAAAGGCUCAAAGCCAACUCCGAAAUCAACUACUCCUAAGGAAGCAACUCCAAGAAAGUUUAGAACUGAAGCGGAAAUCGUUGCCGAUGAGAUCAAAUCAUUAAAAGAAAACAAUGUAGAUCCGCUUAAAGAAUGUUUACACGUGUUUGACCAUUCAUCGACCGAUACAAAAACAGACAAAAAUAUGAAAGGUCUUCUCGUCUUUGUACAUGGAUCCCCAUGUGAAGAAGCACAUUGUCAAGAAAUAGCUUACUCUAUCGGAAAAAGGAUAGAUUUACCCACAAUUAAUGUUGACCUCUGUAUUGUGGAAGCACUAUGUAUAUGUGAUUGUCCAGCGAAACAAAUUUUAACCAGUGCGAUACAUGAAACUUUCGAAAUGUCGCAGAAACAUGCGAAAGGGGAUUCAGACGAUAACGAUGGUGUCAGCCAAGGAUUUAAUUCAUGAGUUGCUAACGGAUUUUUUUAGCCGUCCUAAAUUUAUGAAAGGCUUUGUAGUAGACUGCUUAACGAGUCUUGUUCUAAAAAAUCCUCCAUUAGUCCUUACUACAGUGUUGAGGUGUAAGCCCACAAUAUGGAACGUACACCUUGUGUUAUGUCAGUCUGAUUUCUAUAGGUGGGCACAAACGUAUGAAGAAACUCACAGGGAAAAUGAUUUGAUUGAUGAGAACAUGUCCAAAGUUUAUGACGAAGUUGAAAUAGAAGGCAUAAUAAAAUCUUUUGAAGAUAUGACUGCAGAAGAAUUUGAAAACUCAUCCCCAGAGUUAAAAUCUAUUUAUAUAAAUUAUGGGUUAGAGGAACGUCGACAAAAAUAUUACGAAUCAAUAGGACAAGUCGGGGAAAUUAUCCGAAAGGACAAAUCUGGUAAAGAUCGUAGCAAAUCUUUGUUGCAAGUAGAUGCAUCGGAGUCAAAGAAGAAAA